CUAACUCGCAGCCCUCCUGCUCCAAUCAUCGGACAGCUUCUGCUCUCCAGGACCAAAUGGAUUCAAAUCAACUGAAACAGACAAACAUUGUGGGGGAGAAAACACGACGCAGUUCGUGACUUUAUUGAUCCAAACACGGAGCUCGCGCUGGUCGGUGUAAUAGUCACGCGGACACAGAAUGACGCGUUUUCUCCUCAGGCUUUUUCUCUGCGCCGUAUUUUUACCACCAAACGCAAUGCAGGCUCCGACAGAGCUCCCACCGGAGUGUUUGCCUGACGGCCACAUGGUUCUCCAGAACCCCCACCGCAGCACCACCUUCAGCUCCAGCAGCCUGCAGCAGUCAGCACCGCAGGACAUCAUCUGCGACCACUCACUCACUCCAGGCUGGUACCAGUUUCAGAUUUUUGACAAGCGUGCCAGAAUGCCCACACAGUGUGUGGAGGUAAACCACUGUGGGACCCAGGCUCCGGUGUGGUUGUCUCUGGGAGAUGGUGAGACGCUCCCGGGGUCGCUGGAGGUCAAGCAGCUGACAGCCUGCGCUGCCUGGAAGAUCUUUCAGAGCGGAAGCAAAGACUGCUGCAUGUUCCGCGUCCCGGUCUCUGUCCGGAGCUGUGGAGAUUUCUAUGUGUACCUGCUGCAGCCCACACCGGGAUGCAUGGGCUACUGUGCACAAGCUGAGCCACCUCCUGCUCCCUCUGUGCCUGUGAUCGUCUCAGAGGUGAAAGGUCACACCGUGUACCUGAGGUGCAGCUUUGACAGCAGCUCCAGCAGCUCUGUGGGCUUUGUGGUGGCCUGGUCGCGCCUCUCACCUGAGGGCAGGAAGGAGGAGCUCAGGAAGGAGACCACCAUCCACACCUCCGCCCUCAUUGAGCUGGACGGCUUCAACCUCCGACUGGGGGACACGAUUUACUGCUCCAGCUCCAGUUUCUUGUUGGAAUCACCAGAUAUUCAAGGCUCUCCCGUGGAAAGUCAGGAGUUCUUUGCAGGAAUAAAGUUAAAACCAGAAGUUAGCCGAGUGCCUGAGAACGGGAGGCGGCAUCGGCUGCUGGUUGAGAGCUCGAUUCCGGUUCCAUGUCCGGACGGCUCUUUCUCUUCUGCAGAAAACUGUGUUUUAUCUCUGCAUCUCAGCACAAGCAGUGAAGAUGAGGAUUUGUUGGGUGCAGAUUUGUCUCUGUCAUCUUGUAAAGUGGAUUUAUCUCGGGGUCGCUGCAGUGGCGGGGUCUGUAGCCGGGUUCUGGUCCACUUCAGUCCCAACACGGACUUUAUUAAAGACGGUGAACGGACCAGUCACAUCUCUGUGGAACCCGUCGUCUCGCAGAACUUUCUCUGGAACGGAUACUCACCAGAACCUGUUCGGAUAAUCAUUACUGAUGUUCCCCCAGCUUAUUGCUACUCCUUCACUGACCCCCACAUGAUCACUUUUGAUGGCAGCUACUACGAGAAUUAUCAAGUAGGCACCUUUGUUUUCUACAAGAGUGACCUUUGGCCCUUUGAGGUCCAUGUCCGUCAGUGGGAAUGUGGCAGCCUGGUGCACGCCGCCUCCUGCGUGUGCGGAUUUGCGGCGUGGGACGGCGGCGACGUUGUCGCGUUCGACAUGUGUGACGGCGAGAUGGGCGAGACGAAGCCCCGUCUGUCUGUGAAGAGCAGAAACGCUAAACGACUAAAGAGCGGCUUUCGGAUCAGCGAGUCGUACCAAGGACGCAAAGUCACUAUCUCGUUUUCCUCUGGAGCAUUUGUUCGUGCAGAUGUCUCAAAUUGGGGAAUGAGUCUGACUCUGAGGGCUCCCAGUUCAGACCAGAACCACACAUUGGGUCUGUGUGGGACAUAUGAUGGAUGGCCAGACAAUGACUUCCACUCAGCAGGGGGCGCUGUGCUGGAGCAGCUGCAGGAUUUCAUAUCUGAGUGGAGACUCCCUGCAGGCAGCAGCUUGUUUGACUCCAUGCCAGCCGAUGUGAACACGCCAAACAUUCACACAUACUGCAACUGUCAAGCAGAUCACCUGAAACCAUCUCUCAGAUCUGAAUCCAGCUGCUCCAAUCACAGACUUAUUCAUUUUCUGAGCUUUAUCCCUGCUCUGGAUGUCACAGAUAAAUAUAUCAGAUCAGUGGAGCUACAGAAAGAAAAUAAAAAACCACAGCUCACUUCUGGGCGCAGUGAAAGUUUGCCACAUCCGGACAGCCUCUCAUACCUCUUCCCAGAGGAUCAGGAGUUCUCCGUUCAGCCAGACGGACUCCCAAGAUGGCCGACUCCUGCUGGUCUAACUCAGCAGCAGGCUCAGGCUCAGUGUGAGCGCACAGUGGGAAACUCGAGUGUCGCCGUCGGCUGCCGGCUCCUGUUAGCGGGCCCAACAAUCAGCCGAGCGGUGGCCAUGUGCGUCUCCGACCUGCAGCUGAAAGAUGAGCCGACGUGGCUGAACGCCACCUUACCGCUGCUGGAGAACGAGUGCGAGCGAAAGCUGGUGGAAGAGCGGAGGAGAUGGGAGGAGCACCGGGACGCGGCGUCCAUCCUGAGGUGUCCGGACCUGUGCAAUGGGAACGGCCAGUGCUCCGAGUCGGGCUGCGUCUGCUUCCCUGGGUUCGGUUCACAUGACUGCAGCGAGCUGACGGACCAGACUCCAGAGAUCACCAAGUUGAGGAAGGAAGGUCUUUGUGACGUCCGUCAGGAAGACUGCUCCACCGUCCAGGUCUAUGGCCACCAUUUCAAGGACUCCAGCCAGCUCAAGUGUGAGUUCGUUAAAGAAAAGGUUGAAGACGGGGAGUCGGUCUCGGUUGCUACUUGGUUUGUUCAGGCCACUUUCCUGAAUGAAACAGGUCUUGAGUGCCGGCUCCCCCUGGAGGACAACCGGGGUCCUGCAGACGCAGUGACAAACCGAGCCGUUACGCGCUGGCAGAUCAAAGUUUCAAACGAUGGCUACAGCUACAGCAACGCCAAGAUCCUGACUCUGUAUGACGGAGGCUGUCAGAUCUGCAGCCUCGACACAGAAAUCAUGUGCACCCUGCGGGAGAAGACCUGCAUCAUUGGGGAUUUGUGCUACAAUGAAGGGGAAUCCAAUCCCAGCAGCCCUUGCUUCACUUGCCGUCCAGACCUCUCUAAACACGCAUGGUCCAAAGCUGAGAAAAACAAGCCUCCGUUGUUCCAGCCGCCAGAGUUUCCUCUCCGCUCCUUCCAGGAGGAAAGUUUCAUCUACCAGCUACAGGCUCACGACCCUGAAGGCUCCACGGUUCUUUUCAGCCUGGUCUCGGGUCCAAAAGGGGCUUCGCUCACUUCAGCCGGACUGCUGAUGUGGAAGGCGACCUCUGAACCCUCAGACACCCACACGUUCCAGUUUACUGUCAGUGAUGCGUGCAGUGCGGAGACGCUCACCUCUGUCCAGGUUUCUGUGCAGUCCUGCGAUUGUCUCAACGCAGCGUCCUGCAUCACCAACGUGAACUCCCCCGUCGGAAGCGGCGAAUACGUCUGCGUCUGUCCUGAUGGGUUCACGGGUCGGCGGUGUGAGAUGGACAUAGACGACUGUAAGCCGAACCCCUGCAGGCUGGGUCGCUGCGUGGACCGACCCAACUCCUUCUCCUGCAUCUGCCCUCCUGGAACGACGGGACGAACAUGCAGGGAAGAUAUAGACGAGUGUCUGUCACAGCCGUGCUUCCCUGCAGUGAGCUGCAGCAACACUCUGGGCUCCUUCACCUGUGGAUCCUGUCCAUCAGGAUCCACAGGUGAUGGGAAAAUGUGCCAAGAGAAAAACAUUGCAGGUUCUCCAGUGACGGCGCCGCAGGUUUCUCAGAGACCCAAACCGCCGGGUCCUUCGCCGUGCAGCAGGGCGCCGUGUUACACGGGGGUUCUGUGCUUCGAGAGCGUCCAUGUUUCAGCCGGGUUCGCCUGUGGACCCUGUCCUCCUGGUUUCCAAGGAAACGGACAAACGUGCACAAAAAUGGGUCAGGAAAAACUCACCAGUGGAAAAUAUGCUGGGACCAAUUCCACCGAUGAAAGGACCCACUCCUCGUCUUCCUCAUCUUCUUCUUCUCCUGCCUCAAACAACCAACCUCCAGACAGGAAGUGGAGACCAGACACUAGGAGAGUUUCCUUCAGGGACAAACAGCCCACUGGUUCUCGAGCAUUUUCCCCCUCUGUCCACAGGGGGCAGCAUAGCACAGUGACCUGCUCUGAUUCUCCCUGCUUUCCCGGUGUUACCUGUGAACCGACGCGCUCAGGAUCCCCCAGGUGUGGACGAUGCCCGCUCGGCUACGCCGGGGAUGGAGUCGUAUGUAAAGCUGUUUGCAGAUAUCCGUGUGGGCAGAACAUGGAGUGCUCUCUGCCCAACACCUGCACCUGCAGAGAAGGUUACACCGGAUACAACUGUCACACAGCCGUGUGUCGGCCUCACUGCCAGAACCAGGGCAGGUGUGUGAAACCCGACGUGUGUGAAUGUCCUGUGGGCUUCGGCGGGCCGACCUGCGAGGAAGCGAGCUGCGAGCCGCCGUGUCAACAUGGAGGCACUUGUCUGGCCAGAAACCUUUGUACCUGCGCCUAUGGCUACGUGGGGCCCAGAUGCGAAAUCAUGGUGUGCAGCAGGCACUGUGAAAACGGAGGUGAGUGUGUUUCUCCAGACGUCUGCAGAUGUAAACACGGCUGGUACGGACCAACGUGCGGCUCAGCUCAGUGUGACCCCGUCUGCCUCAACGGAGGAUCAUGUCUGAGGCCAAAUGUCUGCGCCUGUCCCACUGGCUUCUUUGGCUCUCAGUGCCAAAUUGCUGUUUGCAGUCCGCCUUGUAAAAACGGGGGUCAGUGUAUCAGAAACAACGUCUGCUCCUGCCCAGAGGGCUACACAGGAAAAAGAUGCCAAAAAAGUGUUUGUGAGCCGACGUGCAUGAACGGAGGAAAGUGUGUCGGACCGAACACCUGCUCUUGUUCUUCAGGCUGGAGCGGGAAAAGAUGCAACAUGCCCGUUUGUUUGCAGAAGUGUAAAAAUGGCGGCGAGUGCGUGGGAGCGAACACGUGUCAGUGUCCUGUCGGCUGGGAAGGUCUGCACUGUCAAACACCCUCCUGCAGGCGGCCGUGCCUCAACGGCGGGCGGUGCGUGCUGCCCGAUUACUGCCACUGCCGGAGAGGCUUCAAAGGCCUCACCUGCGCCGUAAAGGCUUCACAUGCAUGAGAAGAUGAAGAGAAUUACUGCAAAAAGCUGAAAACAACCGGAUGUGUUUUAGUGUUUGAAUGUAUGAUGGAGAACAAAAUGUGCUAAUUUGUGCACAUUUCAGCUGAGGGAAAUGAUUUAUUGCACUUGUGUUUUUGUCCCUGCAUUUCACUACCUCAAGGCUAAAAGUUAAAUCUGUUGAAUUCAUUUAAAGUACUUUAAAUAUAUACGACUCUGUAAGCAGUGGAUGAAUUUUAUAGUUUUGUAUUUUAAAAAACAAAACCAUAAUAAAAAAUAUUUUUUCCAGCAUUUCCUUUAAUAUUAUUAUUGUUAUAACUUGUAUAAACCAACAGAAAAACAAAACCUUAUUUCAGUUUCUUCAAAUGAUUAAUUUUUAAUUGAAACGCAUCAUUCAGUUUUGUCAAACAUCUUGAUUUGAGAACAUUUGUUCUUGCAAAUAUUCUCCAGACAUCUCAGAUUGUGACAAAAUCUCUACAAAACGCUUCACUGCAAAAACAGAUUUUCUUGUUUUCCAGUUGAAUUAUUAAAAAAAUACAUGUGACAUUAAAGAUUUAUCGAGGUUUCAUUUUAUAAAAUCACAACAGGAGUGUUUUUGUUUAACUGUUCACAAUUAUGAUAUUUUAACUCAGAUUUAUUUUACAAACAUUAACUUUCAGCAAAUAUUUGAUGGCAAAAAUGUAUUAACAUUUCAGUUUUAUGAUUCUGCCAUAAAAAUAAAUUAGUUAUGUUUUUACAUUAAUACAAAAGCGCUUAUAUAAGUAUGUUGUAUUUAUUUACAUCUAAUGCCUACAUUGUUGAAAGCAUAAUUAUAAACAUGAAUGUUUUGCAAUUAUAAUGCAAAUAAAUUUAC